AUGGCACGAGGAAGACAGGAACCUGCCGAGCAAUCCGACUUUGAAAAGCAACGGCUCGCAAACAUCGCCGAACGAGACGCCCUCCUCAAAAAGUUGACCCAAGAAGCGCAGCAAGCGGGCCUGUAUUCCAAUGCGCCCUCCACGCAACAGGGUCAAAAGCGAGCCUCCAGGCCCAAGGGCCCACCUGCAAAGCGAGUGAAAAAAGAGCCCGUAGACGUCGGCCCUCGUCGCACGUCCUCACGACUGGCGGGUCUGCAGGCGGACAGCGAAGUUGCGAAGCAGAAGGCCGAGGUCGAAUAUGAACAACAAAAGGAGGUCGAGAGGCAGAAGAGACAACGUGUCACGGGUGACCUCAACUUUGCAGCUGAAGGGACCAAUCUGAUUGGGACGGAUGUGAUCCUCAAGGGCGUCGCGAAGCCGUACGAGCGCACCUUUGACGAGGAGGAUGUUUCGGGGACGACAGACAAGGACCUCAAGAAGCUCAGGGAGAGGAUGAGCUCACUGGCUCUGUGGGAUCGAUGGGAGCCGAAUCGCAUCAAGAUCACGCCCGAGAGGAUCUACAGUAUGGCGUUCCACCCGACGACGUCGAAACCCAUCGUCUUCGCGGGCGACAAGUUGGGAUCGUUGGGGAUUGUGGAUGCUUCGCAGCAAGCGGAUUCGAACGUCAAAGAGGAAGAAGCAGACGACGAAGAUGUAGAAGAUGCAGAUCCUCAAAUCACGCAUAUAAAACCCCAUACCCGCACCAUAAGCGCGAUGCACAGUCACCCGUCGAAACCCCAGACACUAUACACAUCCUCGUACGACUCUUCGAUCCGCGCGACCGACCUCUCCAAAUCUGUGGCCGUCGAGGUAUACGGCCCCUCCGAUCGAGAAGACGACGAGCCCAUCUCCGGUGUCGACAUGUCCGCGACCGAUCCGCACACCUUGUAUUUUACGACUUUAAACGGCGCUUUUGGACGGCACGACUCGCGCCAACCGCCCUCUGCGUGCGAGUUGUUCCAGCUCUCCGAGAAGAAGAUCGGCGGGUUCAGCUUACACCCUUUGCUUCCGCACUACGUGGCCACGGCAUCCCUCGACCGGUACAUGCGGUUGUGGGAUUUGCGCAAAUUGACCAAGAAGUUACCCACGCUGGUGGGUGAGCAUGAAUCAAGAUUGAGUGUGAGUCACGCAGCAUUCAAUACCGCCGGACAAGUGGCGACCACGAGCUACGACGACACGAUCAAGAUCCACUCGUUUGGCGUGGGCAAGGAUGCAAAAAAAGGGACGCAGGCGCUAGAGACCAUGAGUUCCUGGGCGGCGGGCUUUCAAAUGGAGGAAGAGGCCAUGAAGCCCGAGGUUGUGGUGAGGCAUAAUAACCAGACAGGUCGAUGGACCACCAUUCUCAAACCGCGCUGGCAGACUUACCCCGAAGACAACAUCCAGAAGCUGGUCGUGGGAAACAUGAACCGGUUUGUCGACGUCUACGCCGCCAACGGCGAUCAGCUCGCCCAGCUCGGCGGCGAAGGCAUCACCGCUGUUCCGGCUGUUGCCGUCUUCCACCCCUCCAAGGACUGGAUUGCCGGAGGCACCUCGAGUGGGAAACUGUGUUUGUGGAUGUAG